AUGGCCACCAUCAUCAGUGUUGAAGAAUCAGGAGACAGGGAGAUUGUGGCAGUAAAAGACUGUAUCUUCACCAUUGACCCAUCAACUGCCCGAGACCUUGAUGAUGCCCUCUCCUGCAAGCCACUUGCUGAUGGCAACUUUGAAGUGGGAGUUCACAUCGCUGAUGUGAGUUACUUUGUUCCUGAGGGAUCUGAUCUGGAUAAAGUGGCUGCUGAGAGGGCCACAAGUGUCUACUUGGUUCAGAAGGUGAUCCCCAUGCUUCCCAGGCUGCUGUGUGAGGAGCUGUGUAGUCUCAAUCCCAUGACUGACAAGCUGACCUUCUCUGUGAUCUGGACACUGACCCCAGAGGGCAAGAUCCUCACUGAGUGGUUUGGACGGACCAUCAUCUGUUCCUGCACCAAACUGAGCUACGAGCAUGCACAGAACAUGAUUGAAAGCCCAACUGAGAAAAUCCCUGAGAAGGAGCUCCCCCCUAUUUCACCAGAGCACAGCAGCAAGGAGGUACACCAGGCUGUCUUGAAUCUCCAUGGAAUUGCCAAGCAGUUACGUCAACAGCGCUUUGCAGAUGGCGCACUUCGUUUGGAUCAGCUAAAGCUUGCUUUUACUCUGGACCAUAAGACUGGAUUGCCUCAAGGAUGUCACAUCUAUGAGUACCGUGACAGCAACAAACUCGUGGAGGAGUUCAUGCUCUUGGCCAACAUGGCGGUGGCCCACAAGAUCUAUCGCGCCUUCCCUGAGCAUGCCCUGCUGCGCCGGCACCCCCCACCCCAGACAAAGAUGCUCAAUGACCUGAUGGAAUUCUGCAACCAGAUGGGGCUCUCCAUGGACUUCAGCUCUGCAGGAGCCCUCAAUAAAAGUCUGACCAAAACAUUUGGAAAUGACAAGUACUCACUGGCCCGGAAGGAGGUGCUCACCAACAUGUGCUCCCGGCCCAUGCAGAUGGCGCUGUACUUCUGCUCGGGGUUGCUGCAGGACCCAGCACAGUUCCGGCACUACGCGCUCAACGUGCCCUUGUACACGCACUUCACCUCUCCCAUCCGCCGCUUCGCCGAUGUCCUGGUGCACCGCCUCUUGGCAGCCGCGCUAGGCUACAGGGAGAUGCCAGAUGUGGAGCCUGAUACCCUGCAGAAGCAAGCUGACCACUGCAACGACCGCCGCAUGGCAUCCAAGCGCGUGCAGGAGCUCAGCACAGGCCUUUUCUUUGCUGUCCUAGUCAAAGAGAGUGGCCCCCUGGAGUCAGAAGCCAUGGUGAUGGGUGUCCUAAACCAAGCCUUUGACGUGCUGGUGCUGCGCUAUGGGGUGCAGAAGCGCAUCUACUGUAACGCACUGGCCCUGCGGUCCCAUCACUUCCAGAAGGUGGGCAAGAAGCCGGAGCUCACGCUGGUGUGGGAACCUGAGGACACCGAGCAGGAGCCGGCCCGUCAGGUCAUCACCAUCUUCAGCCUGGUGGAGGUGAUCCUGCGGGCCGAGGCGUCGGCCCUUAAGUACAGCGCUGUCCUGAAGCGGCCUGGCACCGAAGGACUCCUGGGCCAGGAGGAAGAGGAGAAGGAGGAGGUGGAGGAAGAGGAGAAAGAGGAUGCAGAGGAGGAGGAGGAGGAGGAGGAGGAAGAGGCCCACGAUGAGCCUAAGGACUGAGGCACUGGCCUCACCACCUGAGCCCAGCCCAUCCCACCUGCCCCACCCCCACUGGCUUUUAGGAAUAGGACCUGUUGACACCAAAGGGGCUUUUUAAUUUGGUUUUUAACAACUCAGGGGUUUGCUUUUCUUUUUAUUUUUACAUUUUAUUUUAUUUUAUCAGCUCAAUUUUUAAUGAACUCCAGGGCAGAGGGUGGGGCUGGACAGAAGACUGAGGCCUGGGCAGCACUGACUCUUCAGUCACAGCAGGCUUCGGUCGCCCUGGGUGACUGACCCCUUUCUGCCCAGUCCCCACUGCCUUCCCCUACCCAGAAAAGUGGGGGUUUCAGCAAAUCACUGUCAUGGAAUAAAAUCAAGUGUGAAGUGC